AUGGCAACCACCCUGCAACUGCGUGUUCUUUUCUUCGACGUCUUCGGGACGUGUGUAGCCCAGAGGACCCCAGUAGCGGAUGAACUUUGGAAAGCGACUCGAGAGGCGCUGGAGUCGGAUGAGUCGUCGAUCAGUAGUGAAGUGCGAACCAAAGCGGCGGAGAUGGAAUGGAACAAAGAAGGGGAAAAGUUCGUUCGCGAGAGUAACGGUACCGUAGACUGGAGAGCGGUCGACAAACAUCGUGCUGAAUUACUGCCUCAACUCCUUGUCCGUCACGGCUUGAUAAUUCCACACGAAGACGCCAGCACCUCGGAGUUUCAAGUUGGAGAGGGUUCGCUCCGGGACGAGUCGCAACUCAAGCAUCUCGGCCUCGUCUGGCACCGUCUAACCCCUUGGCCAGACACCUGCCAUGGGUUAGACUUGCUCGAUAGGAAGCUCUCUACCGUAACCCCUAGCAACUCUUACAAUGACUUGUUGGAAGAUCUGGUGGCGCGUAGCAACAUCCCCUUCACGCAUAUUUACUCCGCCGACAUGUUCCGCUCUUUCAAGCCGAACCCCAAGGUGUAUCUCGGGGCCGCAGAGAAGAUGGGCGUAAAGCCCGAGGAAUAUCUCUGGGAGCUGCUCAUUGAAGAAAAUGUGUUUCAAUUCUUCGGGUGA